UUAUUACAGCAGAGAGAGAGAGAGAGAGAGAGAGAGAAACUGCUCAGGAAAUCUUCACUGAGAAACUGAACAAAUGAAGAAACUCUGAUUCGCCGACUGCGUGAGGGAGAUAAACAUGCGAUGGGGAAAAGUGACUCGUUCAUUUUAGUGACUUGCUGAAAAAAGACUGAAAUCAUGUGUGAAUUUAUGAUCGUCCCAUACCGCACCGAGGAACAGAGGGGGCGGGGCAUAGCCCCAGAGUCAACACUGUAGGGUAUUGGUUCAAAGUGUGUGAUUUGAAAAGCUGUCCACUGAUGAUAAUACAGAUAAGGGCGUGACUCAGGGCGGAGUAAAAAAAAAAAAAAGAGUGAACCAAGUCAAUGCAGUCAAAGAUCUCUCUCUCUCUCUCUCUCUCUCUCUCACACACUAAAUCCAGUAGACUUGGAAAAAGGAAAAUGUUAAAACAGGGUGUGUGUGUCUCUUUCUCUCUCUCUCACACACACAUUCUAAAUCCAGUAAACUUGGAAAAAGGAAAACGUUAAGACAGGGUGUGUCUCUCUCUCACACACACACACCCUGUUCGCCUCACGCUGGGCCUCCUUGCAGGAUUAGUGUGUUGUGUAAUUCAGUGAUUCAAUACAACUGGAAGAGAAACAGACGGAGAAUCGUCUUAUUGUGAACUAAAAACUCAUCUCCUCCCUUCUGUCUCUCUCUCUCUCUCUCUCUCUCUCUCUCACGCAGAGAGCAUGCAGUAGUAGGUAGAGAGACCACAGGCGACUCUCUCUAUCAAAAAGAGAGGGAGACACAGAGUGAAACAGUUAGAGAGGGAGACAGAGAGUGAGACAGUUAGAGAGGGAGACACAGAGUGAGACAGUUAGAGAGUGAGACAGUUAGGAGGACGGAGGGAAAGUCUCACCAUGUUGAGUGUGAUUUGUUUCAUACGCAGCUUCUUUGAGACUCCAGCUGUCGAGAACUUCUCUACACAUGCUGCUCAUCCAGAAGAUGUCAACUGUCUCCAGGAGAAGACCACAGAAAGUCGAGAUGUUUGGAGUGAACCAGCACUGGAAGGAGCUCAGAACAUGACAGAGGAGUAUUUUGAGACAUACUCAUGGCACAGUGAUGCUUCCUCAGAUUGUACUGGAGAUCAUGAGGACUUUUCUUCUCCUAAACACUCCACUGGCCUCAGAAAGCGGGACUCAGAAAGUCAGCAUGCCGUUAUUGAUGUUCCACAGAUGAACAGGGUUGGAGAGGAACUCAUGGGAUCGUUGGGAAGUGAGUGCAGCGUGAGGAGUUUGGACUCAGAUUCAGGAUGUGCAGUUCUCGAGGAAGCUGGAUUUCCUUCUCUCUCACAUGCUAGUGUGUGCGACACACCAAAAGACUCACAAUGUUUCACACCUUCUAAGGAACUCCUGGUGAAAGACAGCUGCAAUGCAGUGAUUUUAGUUGAUUCAAGGAGUGAAGCUGCAAAUCCGUCACCAUCUGAGGAAGCUGGACUUCCGUCCAUCCUGCAGUCCAACACAGCAUUAAAAGGCUGGACAGAUUCAGAUUUUGUUGUUCCAAGCAGAGAUCUUGUGGAUGUUUCUUCUUCUCCUAAAUGCCUCAGAAAGCUGGACUCUUCUUAUUCAGAGAGAAAGAAUGAUGCUCUUGAGAUGAACACUGGUGAAGAGCAACUCAUGGCACUAUCAGACAAUGACUCCAGUGUGAUGAUUUCAGAUGAUUCAGGACAACACUCAUCUCUUGAGAUUGCGUCAGAGGGAGCUGGACUCUCUUCUAUUUCUCAGGUUACUUCUGAAGAAACACUUACACUGACUGACAGAAGUGAAGCAGUGCAUCAGUUAGAACCAACUCCUGAUUUAAGCACUGAUCAUGGGAAAUGUUCUUCUCCUAAAAGUUCUCCUGACCUCAGAAAUGUUGAUUCAGGGUGUGAUGACGUUCUAAAUGGUUCAUCCCUUGAGGAAGCUGGACUUCCUUCCAUCUCUCAGGCGAGUGUAUCUGUCUCAGAUUUGAUACAGUCACAAGUUUUCACAAUUCUCAAUGAGAAACCCGAGCUGAUCUACAGAAGCACAUCAGCACCAGAGUUAAACAGCACUUCAGAUUUCACUGUUGCAAGCAAUCACAGAGAUCAUGGGAGCCUUCCUUCUCUUAAAAGCUCUACUGACCUCAGAAACCUGGGUCUGGAGAUGAACAUCGAUUUAGAGGAACUCAUGGUGCCACUGACUAACAACUGCAAUGUAGUAACUUUAGAUGAUCUAGAGAAUGCAGAAAUUGUUAAUCGAUUAACUCCUGAGGAAGCUGGACUUCCUUCCAUCUCUCGAGUGAGCAUGUCUGACACAGAUUCCAUCAAUUCACAACUCUUCUCAACUUUUAUACACACACUAACACUCACUGACCAAAGACAAGCAGAACUCCAAUUAGAAAACUCUUCUGAUUUCGACCAUGUGGAUGUUUCAUCUUCUAAGCACUUUAAUGACCUCAGAAACCUGGACUCUUCUUAUUCAGAACAAAAGAGCAUUGGUCUGGAGAUGACCAUGGAUGGAGAGAAACUCAUGGAACCACUGAAAGAUGAUUCAAGUGCAAUUAUUUUAGAUAAUUCAGAGUGUAAGGAAGUUUUAAAUGGUUCAUCUUUUGAGGAAGCUGGAUUUUCUUCUAUCUCACAAGCUAGCUUGUCCUCAGUAAACUUGACAGAUUUACAGCAUUUAAUAGAUUUUAAAGAGACAAUUACACUGAGUAAAAGUAGUGAAGCAGCACCUCAGUUAGACAGCAUUCAAGAUUUAGAUGUUACAAGCAUUUCUUUUCUUGAACACUCUCAUAGCCUUGCAGACAUGGAGUCUUCUCAAUCAGAAAAAAAGAUCAAUGGUCUGGAGAUGAACACGGAUGGAGAGCAACUCAUGAAACCACUGUCUAGGGAGUGCAGUGUGAUAAUUCUUGAUGAUCUUGCUGCUGAUGGUUCAUUUAUUGAGAUCUCCAAGGAAGCUGGACUACAUUCCAUCUCUGAGGUUAGCAUAUCCGACCCUGAUUUGAUAGAUUCACAACUUUCUCCAAUUUCCGUAGAGACACCUGAGCUCACGUAUAGAUGUGAAGCAGUUCCCCAGUUAGAAAAAAAAUCAAAUUUAGCUGUUGCAAACAAAGACCAAGUGGAUUAUUGUUCUCCUAAAUGUUCUCCUGGCCUCAGAAACCUGGAAAACCUGGAGUCAUCUCAUUCAGAAAUAAAGAAUGAUGGUCAGCAGAUGAACCGUGAUGGAUCACAACACAAAGUACAAUUGGAAAAUAGUGCAGUAGAGGGCAGUGCCGAGAUUUUAGAAGAGUCAGGAAAUGUUGAAACUGCAAAUUGGUCAUCUGCUGAGGAAGCUGGACUUCCUUCCAUCUUGCACAGCAACACUGCAUCAAAAGACUCAACAGAUUCAGAAGUUUUUACAACCGAAGAUACAUUUACAUCUCCUGACCAAAGUGACACAGUGCUCCAGUUAGACAACACAUCAGAAUCAGGUGUUUCAAGCAGAGGUCUUGGAGAAUGUUCUUCUCCUGACCACAAAAAUCAGGACUUGGUGCUUUUAGAAAUAAAGAAUGAUAAUGUUCAAAUAAAAACAAACACAGGAGAACCUGUCAGGCCAUUGACGAGAAACUACAAUGAAGUAAUUUUACAUAAUUUAUUUCGUGAUGAAAUUAUGAAUCCAUCAUCACUCGAAAUCUUGUCCAAGGAAGCUAGACGACCUUUUAUCUCCCAGGCCAGCGUGUCUGACACACAUCUGAUUACUGACCAAAGUGAAGCUACGUCCCAAUUGGACAACAGUUUGGCUCAAGGUGUGGCAUGUAACGAUCAACUUGAUUUUCCUUCUAAAAGCUCUCCUGACUUCAAAAAUCUGCACUCUUCUCAAUCAGGAAGAGAGAGCAAUGGCCUGGAGAUGAUCAUGGAUGGAGAGCAACUCAUGGAGCAACUGGCUAAUGACUACAAUGUAGUAACUUUUGACUAUCUAGAGAAUGCAGAAAUUGGUAAUCGAUUAUCUCCUGAGGAAGCCGGACUUUCUUCCAUCUCUCAAGCGAGCAUGUCCAAUACAGAUUCCAUCAAUUCACAACUCUUCUCAACUUUUACACACACACUAACACUCACUGACCAAAGACAAGCAGAACUCCAAUUAGAAAACUCUUCUGAUUUAGACCAUAUGGACUUUUCUUCUUCUAAACACUUUACUGACCUCAGAAAUGUGGACUCUUCUCAUUCAGAAAGAAAGAACAUUGGUCUGGAGAUGACCAUGUAUGGAGAGAAACUCAUGGAACCACUGAAAAGUGAUUCAAAUGCAGUAAUUUUAGAUGAUUCAAGGUGUGAUGAAGUUUUAAGUGGUUCAUCUCUUAAGGAAGCUGGACUUUCUUCCAUCUCACAAAGUACUGUGUCUGGUCUAACAUCAAAAAACCUGACUUUUGAAGAAACACUUACACUGAUGGACAAAAAUAAAGCAACAUCCCAGUUAGAAAACACGUCUAAUUUAGAUGGUUCAGGCUCUCCUGAAUUAAGAAAUCUGGACUCAUCUUAUUCUGAAAGAAAGGGACCCGAUAAAGGGGAACUUGUGGGAGCACUGACAAAUGACUGCAAUGGAGUAGAUGAUGUAGAGUGUGCAGAAACUAAUAAUCAUUUAUCUCCUGAGGAAGCUGGAUGUCCUUUACAGAACAAUGGUCUGGAGAAGAACAAGGAUGGAGAGGAACUCAUUGUACCCCUGGACUCCAAUGCAAUGAUUAUAAAUUAUUCAGUACAGGAUGAAGUUCUGGAUGUUCCAUCUUCUGAGGUAGCUGGAUUUGUUUCCAUCUCACAGUUUAGCAUCUCUGACACAGAGUUGAUCAGUUCACAACAUUCUACAACUUCUAAACUCACCUUGGCACCACCAGAUGGAAGUGAAUCAGAGCCUUAUUUAGAGAAUGCAUCUGAUUUCACUGGUGCAAGUAGAAAUGAAGAACUAUCAGAUAAUGUAAAUAAAAUGGAGAAUCUCACCAUUUCUCAAAUAUCUUUAUCAGAAAUAAUGAUGAAUACAAAUAUGGUAGAACCUCUGAGACUGAUUGAUGAAGCUGGGGUUAAACCUUCAGAGGUAAAUAGUAACAUAUUUGUGGAUUCAUCAGUAGAUGCUAAGAUGUUUGUGGAUCCAGUAAUGGAUGGAUGUCCUUGUGCUGAAUCUUGUGACCGCUCUAGGCUUCAACCUGAAGAUGUGAUAUCGCUCCAAAAUGAUCAGGGACAAUUUUCAAAUCCAAACAUCAACAAGGAGAACUUGGUAGAAAGUUCUACUAUCAAAGACUGUGAUUAUUGUUCAGCAGAUGAAUGUUCCUUGAGUCCGUUGUAUUCUAACAGUUUUAUUUCAGAGCCUAACAUUCCAAUCAGCGAUGAAACUUUGGAAUUGGACAGUGAUCAGACUGAAAGGCAGUCUAAUAAUUUAGAUGAUUCUGUAAAUUUGAAAUUUCUGAACACUUCCAGGGUGAAGGAAUUCACUGCCAUACCCCAGAAAGAGCAGGAGGUGAUUUAUUCGGAGAACUCGGGUGAGAUUGACUCUUAUGUGAUGGUGGAUUCAGCUGGUAAAAAAUCACAAAGUGUCAUCUUCGAUUGUGUUCGAGGAAAUGUUGUAGACAAUGAUGUAGGACAACUUCCAGGUCCAGUUGAGGUUUUCUUCAAAGAAUCGACUCCUUUUGAUUCUGUCACCAAAUUGACCGAACAGGUCCUACAAGCAGACCAGGCUAAAUGUGAAACAGUCUGUGCAAAAGAGCAUGAAGUUAGUAUUUCAAAUGAUGAUUAUUGUGUGCAGGAAAAAUCUGCACAUCAUGGUUCAGACACAAACAAUAACACAAAGCAACACACACCUGAUGCACCUUGCACUUUACGUCAUUCUAAACUCGAACAGGAGCUCUGGGAUCACAUGCAUUCAUCUUUGCAAGACGGACCUUUGAAUGUCUUUUCAAAUUUAUCAAGCAGUCUUUCUAGUUUCUUUGAGAUCCCUGAACCACUCCUGAUGGAUUACAAAAGGGUUCUUUCAAAUCCACUUAAUGUAGAAGAUGGUUCUCAGGAGAUGAUGUAUGGAAAAGAGUGCCAGUUGGAGGAAAACAGGGAACUCGUGGCAGAUCCUGCUAUGUGUCCAAUCACAGAUCCUGGACUGAUUAAUUCCAGUUCUCAAAGCACAGGGUUUUCACAAGCUCUUUCUGUGAAUGAACCUAAAUGUCAGAAGAUUCUCCAAGAGCAAAGCCUAAUGCCCCACUCUGCGUUAAUCAGUGUUACCAAUGGAUUAGGAAAUGAUGGAUCCAAAACGACACCUGUUUGUCCAGAUUCUCUUCAGUUCCAGAGUUACCCUUUUAUAGACGCUAACACUGAUAUAGCAUCAGAUUUGGAGCCCAUUAUGGAGUCGGAGCACCUUCAGGAGAGUUCAGACAGUUUGGAUGGAGAACAGAAGGAUCUUACUCUAUCUGUAAACAAGGAUGAAUGUAACCCUUUACAAAGGGAUGAAAAUGAUGUACUAUACAAUGACAGGUCUAUGAAAGGAGCUUCUGAUAAACCAGAAGAUGUAAACACCAUCACUUGUCUGACAAAUUGGUAUGAUGGUAAUGAUGAUAUUCCCAAUUCCGCAUUUUCAGAUCAAGACUUUAUCACCACAAACGCUGAAGAAGUUGAAGAAUCCAGUCAUGGCCCAACGGGAAGCAGCUCCAACUCAAGUGGCAGUAUCCAAAGCUUAUUAAAGAAUAAUGAGACCAAGGGCACAUCUACAGGGAAAAGCUCAAUGUUCUCUAGGUUCACAAGAAUCCCUUCCUUCCGCAAAAGCAAGAGAGAGCCCAAGGUUGGAAACAAGGUUGAACCUGAGACCGAACUGUGUCCUCAGGCCGGAGAGGAGAGAAAUCAGACACCUUAUCAUAAUCCUACUGCAGAUCACUUGACAAAAUAUGAGCCUCAAUCUAGUAAUGAUGUCUUUGAGAAAACCCUUGGUGUAACCUGGACUAGACAAUCCAAAUCCGUGCCCUGCUCCAAGAAUACACAACAGCAUAACAAAUACAGUGAGCGAGUGCAAAUGAAACCUGUACUUGAUCCUCAAAAGAAAAGCAAGAGCAGUGAUAACUUCCGCAUGAAGCUUGCAUUGGCUCAGAAGUCUCUGUCGAGUUUGUUUGAGAUCCGAACUGGUGAAAAAGACAACCAACAGGAUUCCAACAUGCUGAACCAGGAUACAAAAUCCAAGCAGCCUUGGAAGAAGAUGAAAAAGUCUAAAGAGGCUGAGAUACUAAAGAGAACUCUCUCUCUUCCUGGGCCAAGUGGUGCCAAGUCUAGAUGUCGUCUCCAGAGUGACUUUGUGUCAAGGUUAACUGUGGACUGUCCCAAUCUUCAGGGAUUCCAGAGCUCCGAGGAGGAUUUUAAAAGCCCAUCACACCCUGACACAUCAGUGUCCAGACCUGAGACAGAGCCUGCUGAGAGGAACACAUUAUCUAAUGGCCUAGCCAAAAGCGCUGAUGUUUUUGAGGCUGUCCAAAGUUAUGAAAACAUCUCAGAGACACUCGUGCACCCUACUGUUUUUCCUCUUGCUACUCGGCUAUCUCCAUCCUGGACAGGAUCCCUGGGUUCUUUUGAAGGACUUGAUAUGCCAACUAGGCCAGUGACUCCCAAACCACAAAAUCCUGGGGCUUGGAGCCACAGGAGCAGCUUCCGUUACCCCUCAAAAUCUGUUACCACCUCCUUGUGCUCACUGGGUGAGGGUCCAAGUUUGGACGGACUGUCGGAUCCCUCACAAAGGCGAACUGGGCAAAAAACAACACGACUUGCAUCAGCUCAGACCUCUGAUUCUGAAAACUUACUUGAAGACAGCAACUCGGACAACCAAUCUCAAACCAGCCUGGUGUCCACCAACUCGGCCAACGAACCUGAGUCUGCACAGGACGGUGGUAAAUCAUCUCUUCAGUCAUCUUCCUCUGUGCUGCGUGUCCGAAGAAGGGAUGGGCGUGUGGUCCGAUCUCUCUCUGACUUUGGCAGUUGGAGUUUACCCCUAUGGGAAAUUGGAGAAACGAUGGUCGAUCCAAUUCAGGAGAGGAACCUUACAGAAAAUGGGAAGGCUAAAGCACAGAAGAGGUCAUGCUCAGAUGAGCUGCUUGGGGAGUUCCAGAAGAUGCAGCAGAUGAAGGUGAUGCUGCAGAGGAACCUCGGGAUGCUGUGCAUGACGUCUGAGGAGCAACAGAAAGUGCGGAUGAGAUUGUCCUUCACUUCUCCACAGCAGUUGUCCUCCAUGUCUCUUAAAGAUCAGUUCUUCUCUCAGAGCACUCCGGUUGGACUCGACUGUCUCCGCUGGCCACGCCCAGUUUCAUUCUCAGCGUUGGUGAUCACUGAUGGCCCUCAGGAUAAAUCAGGUCUGGGUGAUGAGGUGGGCAGUGAAGAUGAGCUUUACAACGACUUCCACAUUUCUGCCAACCGCUUAGGAGGAGGAGAACAACUGGCUAUUAAUGAGCUGAUCAGCGAUGGCAGUGUGUGCGCCGAGGCUCUGUGGGAUCACGUCACCAUGGACGACCAGGAGCUCGGCUUCAAAGCCGGAGACGUCAUCGAGGUGGUGGACGCCACCAAUAAGGAGUGGUGGUGGGGACGAGUGCAGGAGAGCGAGGGCUGGUUCCCUGCCAGCUUCGUCCGGCUGCGUGUGAAUCAGGACGAGCCCCUGGAGGAGGAUGUAGUCCAGGGGGCGGUGGAGGGCGGGGCUGCAGGGGUGGGCGGGUCAUGUGGGCCUGGGUUGCCGUGUAAAGAGCAGAUGAGGGCGAACGUGAUUAAUGAGAUCAUGAGCACAGAGAGAGACUACAUCAAACACCUGAAGGACAUCUGUGAGGGCUACAUCAAACAGUGCCGUAAACGGACCGACAUGUUCACCGAGGAGCAGCUCAGGACCAUCUUCGGCAACAUCGACGAACUUUAUCGCUUCCAAAAGAAAUUUCUCAAAGCGCUGGAGAAAAAAUACAACAAAGAGCAACCGCACCUGAGCGAGAUUGGCUCCUGCUUCCUGGAGAACCAAACGGAUUUUCAGAUUUACUCGGAGUACUGUAACAAUCACCCCAACGCCUGCGUGCAGCUCUCCAGGCUGAUGAAGAUGAAGAAGUACGUGUUUUUCUUCGAAGCGUGUCGUUUGCUCCAGAAGAUGAUCGACAUCUCGCUCGACGGCUUCCUGCUUACACCCGUGCAGAAAAUCUGCAAAUACCCCCUACAGCUCGCCGAGCUCCUCAAAUACACCAACCCUCAGCACAGAGAUUAUAAGGACGUGGAAGCUGCUUUAAACGCCAUGAAGAACGUGGCACGGCUGAUCAACGAGAGGAAACGCCGGCUGGAGAACAUCGACAAAAUCGCCCAGUGGCAGAGCUCCAUCGAGGACUGGGAGGGCGAGGACGUUCUGAGUCGGAGCUCUGAUCUGAUUUUCUCAGGAGAUUUAACCAAAAUCUCUCAGCCUCAGGCUAAAGGUCAACAGCGCAUGUUCUUCCUGUUUGAUCAUCAGCUGGUCUUCUGCAAAAAGGAUCUGCUCCGGAGGGACAUUUUAUAUUAUAAAGGACGCCUGGACAUGGACCAGAUGGAGGUGGUGGAUGUAGAAGAUGGAAAAGAUAAAGAUCUGAAUGUGACAGUAAAGAACGCGCUGAAGUUAACCUCAUCAGAUGGAGCAGAGAUUCAUCUCCUGUGUGCUAAAAAACCCGAGCUGAAGCAGCGCUGGCUCCGAGCCUUCGCAGACGAGAGACAGCAGGUCCAACACGACCGAGACACGGGAUUUUCCCUCACAGAUGUGCAGAAGAAACAGGCCAUGCAGAACGUGUCCAAAAAUCCUCCAGCUGGGAAACCCAAAGUGGUGACACGCCCAUACUACGACCUGCUUUUGCACCAGAAGCCGUCGGCGUUGCCCCAGCAGGUCAUCAUGCUCGCCGAACCCAAGCGCAGAAACUUCUGGCACAACAUCGGCCGCCUGACACCGUUCAAGAAGUAAAGCGUGAAGAGGACAGGCUGCGACACGCACCUCACUUUACUACUAAUCACUAAUCUCCAGCCAGCAUGUGCACAUCACUGGGUUAUAUGCAAAAUACUGCGAUAUUUACAAUGCAGUGUUCAUAGCCUCCAUAUUUCAGCUCUGUCCUGAGGGCGGAGUCACGUCUCCCUGACUUUUUUUCUUUUUACGGGGAGCGUCGCAUGUGUCCUCCUUCUUGUGCCUGAAUUCAUUUUUCUGUUCAAGAACAAUUUUUAUUUAACGUUUCACUGUGAAUGCACUUUAUGGGUCUGUUACAAUCGAGACUGAAUCGGGAGCCAGCUGUCUGCGUUUCAUGAUUAGCACGAUGGCUCGUUCUGCUAACACUCCGCUAACGCGACUACUGCUGCACAUCCUCCUGUUACAGUCUUGAACUUUUUUUUUUUUAAUUUAUUUUCAUGUCCAGAACUGGAUUUUUUUACAUCAUUUGAUACUGUGUGUGAUGAUACUGUUGUACUGAUGUUAUUCAAAAAGGGUUAAACAUCGUUUUCACACUGUUUCAAUUAUUACUCUUUUGUUUUUAUUUUUAAAGUGACAGUUUCCAAAAAUGGAUUGGCUGAUGGAACACCCUGAACUGUCACUUUAAUGUUUUCAGGUUUGUGCAUCAUCCUCAUGCGCAUAAGAACUCGUCUACACUCAAAGUAAAAAUAAAAGCAGUGGCCUGAACACAAACUGCUGUAAAAGCCAACACUCGCUGUUGGACAUUUUCGACCCAAACGAGUGCCCUGAUCGCUCAGUGUAAAUAUAAACACAGGGGUUUCACUGAUAAAACAGUGUUAUAAUGAUAAAUAAACUGUUUAAUGAUGUAA